ACUCUCGUUAAAAGCAGUUGGCUGCCACAUUCUUCCUGGGACGCUCUCUCUGCAGUUUCUCGCAUUAAAAGGAUCGAAGAGGGAGACAAUUCGAUCUCGUUCUCUUUGCAGAAUUUGUAGAGUUUGCCUAUGGCUUCAAGGACUCACCGGGGCAUCUAUCUCUUCCCACUGUCUCCGUUUCGUACCUGGCUCUCCUACUUUGCUUUUGAAAGUGUCGUGUUCGAUGAUCUCUAGAUCUGUCUGUUAGGGUUUUUAUCAGGUCUUUCCCCGAUUUGGUGGAGUGAGAGCGACAUUUGAGUGGGAGGGAGAGAUGAAUGUGGUGAAGGGGCGAGAUUGGCAGCCCUGCAACAAGAAGAGGUUGUGAUAACAAAGAUUUACGAUUUAAUAGGGCUGCAAGAGAAAGGGUUGGGGGAGAGACGGGCAGACAUGAGCUCAACAGCGAGAAUGCGGGUGGGGAAGUAUGAGAUAGGAAGGACGUUGGGAGAGGGUUCGUUCGCGAAGGUCAAGUUUGCGCGGAAUGUGGAGACGGGGGAGCAUGUGGCCAUCAAGAUCUUGGACAAGGAGAAGGUCCUCCUCCACAGGAUGGUUGGCCAGAUCAAACGGGAAAUCUCUACCAUGAAGCUCAUCAGACACCCAAAUGUAAUAUGCAUGCAUGAGGUGAUGGCAAGCAAGACGAAGAUAUACAUUGUAUUGGAGUUUGUGAAAGGUGGUGAACUCUUUGACAAAAUUGCAAGCCGGGGAAGAUUGAAGGAGGAUGAAGCAAGGAAGUACUUUCAACAGUUAAUUAAUGCUGUGGACUACUGUCACAGCAGGGGCGUCUAUCACAGGGACCUAAAGCCAGAAAACUUGUUAUUAGAUGCCAAUGGAGUUCUCAAAGUUUCAGAUUUUGGACUAAGUGCACUUCCUCAGCAAGUUCGUGAAGAUGGGUUGCUGCACACAACAUGUGGAACACCAAAUUAUGUUGCUCCAGAGGUGCUUAACAACAAAGGCUAUGAUGGAGCCAAGGCCGAUCUUUGGUCCUGUGGUGUAAUCCUUUUUAUUCUUAUGGCAGGUUACCUGCCUUUUGAAGAUUCCAACCUAAUGCUACUUUAUAAGAAGAUCUUCAAAGCUGAUUUUACAUGUCCUGCUUGGUUCUCCACGAGCGUGAAGAAGCUUAUUAAGAGGAUUUUGGAUCCUAAUCCCCAAACUCGCAUGGCAAUGGCUGAAGUGAUACAAAAUGAGUGGUUUAGGAAAGGAUACCAACCUCCAAGUUUUGAAACAGCUGAAAUUAGCCUUGAUGAUGUGAAUGCUGUUUUUGAUGAGUCAGAGGAGUCAGCAAAUCUUGUUGUUGAGCAGCGCGAAGAAAGGCCAUCUCAGAUGAAUGCAUUUGAGCUUAUUUCUACUUCCCAAGGUUUAAAUCUUGGAAACCUGUUUGAGAAGCAGAUGGGUCUUGUUCAACGGGAGACGCGAUUCGCUUCAAAACUACCUGCAGAAGAAAUACUUUCGAAAAUAGAAGAAGCCGCCAGACCUUUGGGUUUUAAUGCUGAGAAGCGGAAUUACAAGCUGAAGCUGAAAGGGGAGAAGAGUGGAAGAAAAGGCCCUUUAGCCAUUGCAACAGAGGUUUUUGAAGUAGCUCCAUCGUUGAACAUGGUAGAGGUCCGUAAGGCCAGAGGCGACACAUUAGAAUUUCAUAAGUUCUACAAAACCAUCUCGGCCGGGCUGAAAGAUAUAGUCUGGAAGGCUUGAGAUGAGAAGCACGCCGUAGUCUUGAGAUCAAAAUCUAAACUUUUGUAAAAUGACUUAACACAUCCGGUUUAUUAUUGAAAUGCUGUACAUAAUCAUAUUUAUGGCUGUGCUGUUUGGGAACUUCUGCUGAAACUUGCGUUCUGUACUUUGUAUUUCCAACUUAUAAUUA